AUGGCCAUCCAAAGAACCAUCGCAAAUGCGUCUUCGGUCGCCAUCAGGAUAGGAGCUGUUCUCUUUUUCCGUGCUUUUCCUGCUCGACUACCGUCUAUCAUCUUCACCCUCUUUGCCAUAUAUAUCCCAGCUUUCUUGACAAGCUUAUUCUCUUCGCCUGAACUUGAAAUCGUCGAGGAUCAAGUCGAUAUCACUGUCAAGGAAACCGUAGUCACGCCGGAUGAUGAUACAGACCAAGAGCUUGUCGCAGAAGAGGUCGACGUUCAGGAAACGAUUUCAUAUGCUGGAAAAGAUGUACCGGCCUGGAAAAUUAUCUUUUACGGUGCUCCCAGCUCAAAGCGCCCCUUCAGCUCCUUGUUAAGUUUUCUCAUCAACCUGGCGUUCGUCGGUCUUACUGCCGACGCCUUGUAUCGCGCCCGGUGGUACUAUCCAGCCAACGACUUGUCCUUUGUGCGACUUGGAUACGUCUCUCACAAAGAGGCCAACUUUCUCAUCCGAGAGCCUGACCAGGCCAAUAUGCCCGUCACUUUUCAGAUCCGAAACUACAACGGUCUCAUUUGGCAAUCCGUCGGCAGCGUCAAGAGCACCUCCAAUGAGACAGACUUUACCAGCGUGCUCACCAUUCCGCUCCUGAGCUAUGCAGAGCAGCAAAAGUAUGAGUGGCGGACCUCAAACAACCACUCGGGUGAGCUUACUGCUGCGCCGCAACCCGGCAAGAUGCCCAGUCAGAAUGGAGGGAAAUAUACCUUCUUGUCUACCUCGUGCAUCUUACCGCGCUUCCCCUACUCGCCUUUGGAUCAUCCGCUUGCCAUUCCAGGAUUGCGAAAUCUUGCCAAACGACUUCCCGAGCUGAGCGCGCAGUUUAUGCUAUUCCUAGGCGAUUUCAUCUAUGUUGAUGUUCCCGAGCGCUUUGGCAAGUCGGUCGAUGAGUACCGUAUGCAGUACCGGCAAGUGUAUGCUUCUGAGGAUUGGGCCGCUGUCGGCCAGAAUUUGAGCUGGAUUCAUGUCUUGGAUGAUCAUGAGAUUGCAAAUGACUGGGAUGCAAACACUACCGGGGUUUACCAGAAUGCUGUAGACCCUUGGCACAUUUACCAGGCUCAAAUCAACCCUCCCCGUGCUGUGACUGCCGGCACUAAGAGCGAGCGUCGCAAGGGUGCUACAUGGUUUGAAUUUGUGCAGGGCCCUGCGAGCUUCUUCAUGCUUGACACUCGCAGUUACAGGUCCAGCAACAAGCUGCCGUUUAAUGAGACGGACAAGACAAUGCUGGGUGCCGAUCAGUUGGCCGACUUUUUGGCCUGGUUAGGACGACCGGAGCCCAAGGGCGUCAGGUGGAAGUUUGUGGCAUCGUCCAUUCCCUUCACCAAGAACUGGCCCGUGAACGUCAAGGACACCUGGGGCGGCUUCUUGGUUGAAAGAAAGAAGAUUCUCGAAGCCAUGUGGGAUGUGUCUGCCCGCGGAGUUGGAGUCGUGGUCUUGUCCGGAGAUAGGCACGAAUUCGCUGCAACAAAGUUCCCGCCUCCUCCAGAAUCCGACUGGUCGGAAGAGUCUACCGUCUAUGAGUUUUCCACAAGUCCGCUCAAUCAGUUUGCGUCACCGAUCCCUUCAUAUACGCAGGUGGAUGAUGAGGAUGUUUUGAUCCAAUAUCACCACUCUGGCAUGUCAAAGUUUGGCUCAUUCACCAUCGAAGAGGAAGACGGUGAGAGCAAGCUUCUCUAUCGGCUUUUCAUCAGUGGCGAGGAGGAAUGGAACACGACCAUUACAGCACCGCCAGUUCCCCCUGAAGAGGAGAAGAAGGCUUCUUCGGGUUCUUUUUGGGAUAGGAUCAGGGGCUGGUAG